AUGGAAUUGUCUGGAGUGGUGCCAUCAUUGCAGACCUUGGGUGAUCGUCCCACGGCUGGCCUGAUAGUACGAGGAGUCGGAGAAUGGGCGUGGGUGGUGAAGACCCUUGGAAUGACAGUUAGUUGGGUUUGGGCGCAGAAGGAAGACUGGCUUCCUACUUGCUUAAAAUCAGAAUUGCCGGAAGUAGUUAUGACGACUAAUCGGAACCGGUUAUCCACAGUAAAUGUUAUUCUAUGUGAGCACAAACCCCCUAGCUGGUUGGCGGCCUGGGAUCAAGCGAACUUGAUCGUGUCUACAAUGGAUGGUAGCUUUUUGAGGUCCAAGUGGUCUAAGAGGAUCAAGAUGACGCACAAUGAGUUGGGAGGACUGACCACAGCUUCUGUGCACUUACAGGCCUACAGCUCAAUCGAUCGAAAAUGGAUUCAACUGCCCCCAUUGCAGACUCUUCUCACCACGGUUUAUUCUGUGGCCAGUGACACAGUUGAUAUGGGUACUAAGGUAUCAGGGCCAAAGGUUUCGAUGUUGAUGGGAAAAUCGAGAGUCCAACGGAUGGCUCCCAACACUUACCAUGGGGGAGGCUUGUACCCAUUGGAUGGAAAGCCAGGAGUAAAGCCGUUUUUCAUAUUGAGAUCGGUCUUGGUUAAUGGAUGGGUAAGGCGAAGGUUGACAACGGUGGAAGAAUGGACAGUAAAGGAUGCGCCAGUGAGAAUAGUGAAGUUAGCUCAAGAGGCAGGGGAAGAUAUGAACCGGCUGUGGAAGUCAUUAAGACCUGGGCGGUGUCUGGAACAUGGAUUACGCCAUCUGCUAUCAGGGAUCGGUGUAACUGAUAGGGAUGGGCGGAUUUCCAAGAAGUUACUCACCUUCGGACGUGCCGAAAAGGAACCCCCAACUGGAGUCUCGGUAAAGCGUGGGAUUGCCAAAAUUACGCGAAGCUUGAAUGAAACAUCCUUGAGAAAGGAAUCGAAAAAGCUGAAGCAUAAACGGAUAUCCGCAUUCUGA